GUAAACACUUCCUCAUGUAGAAACAAGAAUAAAGCAGAAACAUUCAUUCUCUCUCCUUCAUUACACAACUGAAGAGGGGUUUAACGCUGAGAUCAGCUAGAGGCCAGCCUCUCUCAAGGGACGGGACCACUCUCCAAUAGGAUCUAUUGAUAUGACUACACUACUUAUUUUCAUGCUUCUGUUACUUUUUCAGCAACAAGGGAGUGCUAAAAGGAAAUUACCUGGGAUAAAGGAAUAUGAAGUGGUAUAUCCAAAAAAAUUACAUGUACUGCAUAAAAGAGAUGUAGUGGGAAACCAAAAUCCCAAUGGAAAGGUAAAAUAUGACGACACAAUGCAAUAUGAAAUUAAAGCCAAUGGAAAGAAAAUCAUACUUCAUCUACAGAAAAAUAAGAGUCUAUUUGCCAAGAACUACACUGAAACAUAUUACUCGCAUGAUGGUCAAGAAGUGACGACAAGCCCUCAGAUCAAGGACCACUGUUACUAUGAAGGUUAUGUCCAAAAUGACAGUGAUUCAGCAGCAAGCAUCAGUGCCUGUGAUGGUCUAAGAGGAUAUUUCAAGACAAGAGGUCAGAGAUACCUUAUACAACCUCUGAAGCUCAACGAUAGUGAAGAACAUGCAGUCUUUAACUAUGAAAAUUUGGAAGAUGAUGGGACUCCAAAAACCUGUGGUGUAACCAACACUACCUGGGAAUCAGAAGAACCUAUCAAAAAGUCAUCCAGGAUGAGCAACUAUGAGGAAAAACAAAAAUACCUGAAAGCAAGAAAAUAUAUUGAAUUCUACGUAGUUGCAGACAAUGCCAUGUAUAAAAAGUACAAGUACAGUGUCCCGAGUGUAAAGGCAAGAGUGUUUGAAAUAGUCAACUACGUCAACAUGGUUUAUAAAAUGAUAAAUACUCAUGUGGCGCUAAUUGGCAUAGAAAUCUGGUCAGAUAAAGAUAGAAUAGUUGUGAAUUCAUCGGCGGGCGUCACCUUAGACAGAUUUUCAUCAUGGCGUUUUUCAGAUCUGCUGGAGCGGAAGAGACAUGACAACAGUCAGCUACUCACAGGGAUUCAUUUCCAAAAGGGAACAGUCGGACUGGCCUUUGUGGGAACCAUGUGCAGUACUCAUCAUUCUGCAGGUGUUAUUGAGGACCAUAACAGCAAUCCAAUUGCAGUUGGAGCAACUGUAGCACAUGAGAUGGGCCAUAACCUUGGCAUGAAUCAUGACACCAGCCAGUGCAAAUGCAAUUCUGAAUCUUGUAUCAUGACAGCAACACUCAGCUACAAAAUUCCCAGGGAAUUCAGCUCAUGCAGCCUGCAAGGGUACGAGCAAUAUAUUUUGAGCAAGAUGCCACCCUGUCUCCUCAAUGUUCCUGAACAACAAAACAUAGUAGCACCCCCUGUUUGUGGGAAUAACUUCAUAGAGGAAGGAGAGGACUGUGACUGUGGAACUCCUGAGGAAUGCACAAAUGUCUGCUGUGAAGCCGCAACAUGUAAACUGAAGCCAAACGCUGCAUGUGGAUAUGGAGAGUGCUGUGAAAACUGCCAAGUUAAAAAAGGAGGAAGUAUUUGCCGAGCAGCCAAAGACGAGUGUGACCUAGCUGAGACAUGCACUGGUCAAUCCCAGCAGUGUCCAAAGGAUCGAUUUCGAGUGAAUGGGCACCCUUGUAAAAACGGUCAAGGUUACUGCUACAUGGGGAAAUGCCCCACCCAGGCUGACCAAUGCAUCAAAAUCUGGGGAUCAGGUGGACAGGUAGCUGCGAAAAACUGCUACGAUACAAAUAGGGACGGGGUUUAUUAUGGAUACUGUAAAAAGGAAAAUAACAAAUUCCUUCCAUGUGCUGACAAAGAUAAAAUGUGCGGGAAGUUAUUCUGUACUGGUGGAGCAGACAUGCCCGUGGUUGGAGCCUAUGUGUCUUUUGACUCAUGCAAAAGCAGUGUUCCUCACUUUGAAAAAGAAGAUAUAAGCUUAGUCGAUAAUGGAACUAAAUGUGGCAAUGGCAUGGUGUGUAGCAAUGGCAUAUGUCUUGAUGUUGAGAGAGCCUACAGGUCAACAAACUGUUCUGCCAAGUGUAGAGGACAUGCUGUGUGCAACCAUGAACUGGAGUGCCAGUGUGAAGAAGGCUGGGCCCCACCAAACUGUGAAGACUCCACAACAGUUAAAAGUAUCGCCAUCAUUUCUGGUGUCUUGGCAGCCCUCACAGUUAUUGCCAUACUGGUUGCUUUAUUCAUCCGUUACCAAAAAAGUGAGAAGAAGAAAUAUCAGAGUACCCAGGAGCCAGCUAUAUCUGGAGCCACAAACCAAGCCUAUGGAGGGCAAGAACCAAGAAGAAAAGAACAUCCUGCCCCCAACGUGCCUAUCCAGAAGUUCAAUGAUACAAGAGUUCUCCUUCCCGUACCUCCAGCACAGGAAAACAAACCAAACUUUCAUCGACCUAUCAUAAAGCCAAGCAUUCCACCACCUCCAGUUCCUACAAGCAAACCAGCCUUUUUUCCUGCCACAGGUGAUUUUGCAACAGGGGGGAAAUCAGCUCUUUCACCAGUCAACAAGGGCAAACCUCCACCUCCACGCCAGGCUUUAAAACCCCCAACUACACCCAGGGUAUGAUGCUGCUGAAGUGGAAGUGAUCAAUGGAAAUUUACGGAAAUUUGGAGAGGCACUUUCUCUCUGUUCACCUUCUGGGUCUUCCAUUUACAAAAGAAACAACAGGGGUCCCUAGUGGUCCAUACGUGGGUUUUGCUUAUGUUUUUUAAACAAAGGUGAUGCUCUUAUCAAAUUAGCACAACCUGCC